ACACAAGUCACUGUAUAUAGCCUAACAUUCGGCUAGAUAACACUGCUCUGAGUACACUAUAUGCGAUCGUUAAAAGCUGCUGUGUUCGGUUAAUAUAAGGUUCGUUCGCUGUUAGACUGAAUGUUAGACUGAAAUUUCACUUCGACAUCUACCUGUCAACUAAACUUUCAGGGGCGUUACUUUCUCUUGGCAGGCAACUCACGAAGCAUUGAGACCCCUAGCGGUAGCGCGCGCCUAAACUAGUUACCCGGAUGACUUCUCAAACACCGGAAACAAAAUUAGUUGUGCGAGCAGACAGCAUUUUGUUUUCAAGAUAAGCUCAGUGAAUUUAGUUGUGAUGUCGCACCGGUGGAAAAUGUUGGUUGUAAGGUGCGUCCUGUUUAAGUUUUCAGAAUUUCGUGCUGGAUAAAGGUUUUUAGUCCGUUUCAAUUUAGAUGACGGCAUGAUCACUCAAAGUUCGAGCGGGUUACUUGUUCUGUUAAGUGUAGGACUGUCACUAAUACUUCGCAAUUAUUCUGUCAGUGCUUUGAGUUGUGGAGUUUGCGAUCCGGAGUUAUGCUCACCCGACCCCAAGGAUUGCCCAGGCGGGUUUACCAAAGGAAUUUGUAAUUGCUGUAAUGUGUGUGCUAAAUUAGUCAAUGAAAGUUGUGGUGGAAAUUUUGGAUUGCUAGGCAAGUGUGCUGAUAAUUUGCGAUGUUAUAUUUCGCCCAAAGUUGGACAGGCCAUUACGGGGCAAGAAGAAGGUAUUUGCAAAGAAAUAAGUACCGGGACAAAUAAUGCAGUAGAACCAGAAACAGCAGCUCUUAACUCUACCAAAGUUCUGGUGCCUUCACCAAUUUCCAACACAACAACACCAGUUCCUCCCAGUAAUUUUAUUGAUAAUAUUCCAGCGAACUCCGUUCCGGAUAAAAACUGUACAAGCAGUAACUGUGAUAAUGACGUGACUGUAAUAUGCCCUCCAGAUUCUAAAUUAAUACAAAAUUCCACAUCUCUGGAUAAAAGAAUAAAGUGUCAGUGUAGACCCGCAUAUUGUAACCAAACUUUGUGUGCUCCAGGGUUUUAUGCCGCUGUAUUAAAUAAAGGGAAAGGAAUUCCUGGUUCGUGUUGUGAUGAACUGGUGUGUAAACGAUCAGCCGUCUGUAAAUCUGUGAUAUGUCCUGCAAUUGAAGCUAAAAUCUGCCCUGAUGACAGUUUCCAACUUCCUAAUAUAUUAACAGAAGAUGGCUGCUGUUACAUACAACAAGGAUGUAAAUGCAAAAGAAUAGAUACCUGUCCUGCUGUCACCUGUCACGAAGGAUAUCAGAUACAGGUGAUUUCCAAAGCAUCAAGACUACCAGGUUCUUGUUGUGACAAGUUCCAGUGUGUUAAUGAUACUGGAUUAACAUGUUAUUAUGAAGGUGAAGAUUAUAAAGAUGGGCAGAGUUGGCAGCUAGAUAAAUGUACAACAUGUACAUGUAAAGAUGGUUUAACAUUCUGUAAAACUAAAACGUGUAAUGAAACAUUAUGUGGCUGGAUGGUGAUACCGGAUGGUGAAUGUUGUCCAGUCUGUCGAGGUUGUGUAUCUGAAUCUGGUCAACUUUAUAAUAAUACUGAAGUAUGGAAGGAGAAUAGUUGUGUAUCAUGUCAUUGUGACAUGGGCCAGGUGUUAUGUCAAGCUGAAAUGUGUGCUGUCCAAUGUUCUUAUCCAAGACAGGUUGCUGGUCAAUGCUGUCCAGUUUGUGAUGAUGAUAGUUUGAUAUAUCCACCCAAACUAUGUACAGAAACAGAAAAUUGUAGUUUAGAUUGUCCUCUUGGUCUACAGAAAACCGAUAAAGGUUGUUUUCUCUGUAAAUGUAAAGAAGAAAUCUGUAAUAUUGAAUGUAAAUUUGGAAAGAAGAUAAAUGAGAAAGGAGAAGAAAUAUGUGAAUGUGUUGAGUUAUUGGAACAUUGUCCUGGUAUGGAUGAUUGUAAUAAACAGUGCACUUAUGGUUUUCGUAAGAAUCGUAAUGGGUGUUUAAAGUGUCGUUGUAAGAGUUGUCCACCAUUCAACUGUACCAAGCGAUGCCUCCAUGGAUACACCUUCAAUGAUCAGGGUUGUCAGUUGUGUAAAUGUUCAGAAGCACCACCAUUACCUACUCUACCUUCCUACUUCAAUCUAAGUAGAACUGGAGAAGAAGGUAAAUCGUGUAUGUCUCAAACUGGUCAACGUCAUGAAGAUGGUGAAUCAUGGCAUGAUGGUUGUGGUCUAUGUUAUUGUUUAUCAGGACAAGAAAUGUGUUCAUUAAUAUCUUGUCCUGUGCCUAAAUGUGCUAACCCGGUGUUUAGAAUUGGAGAUUGUUGCCCAUCUUGCCCAGGUGUUUCUGUUUUACCUAGUGUUGGUAAGAAGGAAUCCUGUCAGAGUGUAUCUGGUCACUAUUUUGUCGAAGGAGAGAUCUGGAAGAUGGAUGAAUGUACUCAGUGUAUUUGUCAUGAUGGAACUGUUUUAUGUGAAUCCCACACAUGCCCUCCUGUUUUAUGUCAUCAUCCAGUCAAACCAGCAUCACAUUGCUGUGCCGUCUGCAGAGAUGUUGAUGGUGAUCCAAUUAUACCAGUAUUAACUCCUAGACCAUGUAAAACCCAGUCUGGCAUGAUACAUAAGCAUGAAGCUGUCUGGCAGAAAACACCAUGUCAGAGCUGUGUUUGUAAACAUGGUCAAAUACAUUGUUACUCCCAGACUUGUCCAAUACUAGACUGUACUAAAACUUUUCUUAGAAAGGGUCAGUGCUGUCCUUCCUGCAUAGAUGUAAAUCAGUAUGAAGUAUGUAGAGCUAAUGAUAUAGCAUAUAGUUCAGGUGAACAGUGGUUAUCUGAUAACUGUACAGAAUGUUCUUGUACUAAUGGCAAGGUAGCCUGUAUACCUUUACCCUGCACACCAUUGGAUUGUACUGUUAUGAUCCGUAAACCUGGACAGUGCUGUCCAUCAUGUCUUGAAGACAUUCAUUCAACUCCAGGUAUAUUAGAUUUGUUUCCAGUUCUAACUACCAGACCUUCUCCUACCACUACUUUAGCUAUGGAUGGACCAACAGAAGAUUUAGUAUCAAAAGAAAAAUAUGUGUUGACAAUAUCAGCUCUAGUGGGUAUUCUAUUGAUAGCAUUGCUUGCGCUGUUAGUCUUAUUCUUGGUAAUAUUACGUCGGCGUCAUACUGGAAAGUUCAAGAUGAAACAUGAUUCGACAAUAAUGACAGACAUUAAAAUACGACCCAAAUCAACCAAUUUAGACUAUCAGGGUCAAAUGCCAUUUUUGAUGGAUUCUCCAAGUAAAUCCAACAAAGAAAAUUAUGUGCUGGAGAAAUCGUACAGAUCGUUGAGUCCUGUUAUUAGCCCGGAAAAAGUGCGUUUAACGGAAAAGACGGAAAAUCAUUAUGUGGACACAGACCAAUUUGUGGCACCGAAUGAAAAGUGCAUUUCAAAUAAAACUUUUAAUCAAGUGUAAACAACAUGUAGACAAUGAAAGCAGUUAAUAGAUGGAAGAAGUAUGAUGCAUAUUGGAAAUAAAACGGCAAAAUUGUACCUCUGAAAAUUCAGAUAACGAAUAGUUGUUCCUAAUUAUUUUAUUUAAGAUUAAACAUUUGACAUGACUAUUAUUGUAUAUUAAUAUAUUUAAACUGAAAUAUGGCAAAAUUUAUGGAAUAUUUGAAUCACCUAUGCAGUUAAAAUGUACAGGGAUAUUUAUAUUCAUAUCUACUAGUAUAUACAUACUUACACAAACAAUCUAUGAUAUAUUUUUGACAACCAGCUGUCUUUCAUACCUAUAAAAUAAGCCAUUCAAAUGCAGUAAUCAAUCUAUAAUUUGUGUAAUUAAAUCUUCAACACAAUAAAUGUAUUCUUCCACUAUGGGAGCAUUCCCUUGUUACCUGAAGACUUGGUAGAGGCAGAAAACUUACAUUGUAGAAUAGAAUGUGUCUAUAUGGAAUAUAAUGUGUCUAUAUAGAUUAUAAUGUGUUGAUACAUAGAUUAUAAUGUGUCUAUAUGUUUCAUCAAAAGAUUUAGUCAUUAAUUUUGUUGCAAAGAUGUAUAUUAAGCUUAUUUGAGUCAACAUGUUUAAUUGUGUUGUGUUCGUGUAAAGUAUAUUAAGAGAAGAUAGUAUGAAAGGUAUAUAUAUUAUAUAUAUAUAUUGUGGUAAAUAUGUUUUUGUAUGGUAAUGUUUGUAUAUUUAAUGGUUGGUAUAGAGUGCAAUGUAAUAAUUUAAGAAAUGAUUAGAAUUUCAAAUUAAAAUCUUUAUGGCCUUCUAGAACUUGAAACCAAUCUAAUUUUCAAGAAUUAAAACUUUACUAUUAGUAAAAAAUACAUGUAUUUUAUGCAUCCAUACCUAAUGAACUUGCUAUGUUUUGACAUGUAGCAUCAAUUCUGUAGAUAAAUUUACACCUGGGCAAAAGUAUUUUGACACUCAUUAUUUGAGGGUAGGAUAUAUUUACUACUCACAAAAGAAAUUUCAGCUUGAGAAACAUCUUGGAUUGAUCUUGAUCAUGGCAAGACCUGAUGAUUAAAUGUAUUAAGCAUUUGUAAAAUCUGUACAAUGAUUGUGUCAUUCAGAAUAAUUGUAAUAUCAAUAAAGAGCAAUAUUUUUAAUUUAUCUGUACACUGAUGUUAUUGGGUUUUAUAUUGAAAUACAUAUAUAUUAAGUUUCAUAUUAAAAAAUUAUUUGUAGAAAUUAAUUUAAAUUAAAUUUGGAAAAUUUUAGAGAUAACUUCUAAAUUUAUAUUAUGUCAUACAAUAUACAUUUAGUAUAAAUGUAAAACUCAAGUUGAGUUAGUUUUGAAAUUCCAUCAGGAACCUAGACGUGAUACAGGUCAUGAUACAAUUCGCACAUGGUCAAGAGUCUACCAUACACCUGCUUAAUAAACUUUGAUGUUUUUAAGUAUGUGAACUUUUUGCUUACUUACAUGUACUUAUCUCUCUUCUCCACUGAUAAUGAAUAUUGAAAGAAAGGAGAUUCACCUAACCAAAAAUAAUUAUUUGGCUAUUUUCUUAUGCAGAAAAUGUGUUAACGCUAGUUGCUCUCUAAUUGAAAUAUAAGCAAACUUCAAGGCUUCUUAGAUAUAUCUUUUCUAUUCAGUCUAUUGUAUGUUGGAAGUUGAGUUAAAUUGAGACGAAAUGACUAAAUCUCUUCUCAGGAACAAAAUCUAUUUAUUAAAUAAACGAUUGAUAAAUUAUUUUGAUUUUAAAUUUAUGGUUAUUUUUUUUGUCACAAAUUUAAUAGAUGUUUAUUGUUGAUUUCUUCAAAAUCUGGGUCAAAGUUACACAUUUCUGUGAUAAAAAUGGCAAAUAAAUCAAAUAUUUUUCUAUUCAAUGAGGGCAAAAAGUGAAAUUUUGUUGAACAAUUUCUUGAUUUAAUUGUUUUUUGAUUAGUACGAUAUCACAAAAAGAUGUAGACAAUUUAAUAGAAGUAUCAUUUUGCUAGAAAGGUUGUGACUGUAUAAACUAUAAUUUUGUUAAUAUAAAGAUUUUAUUGAAGAUAGAUGCAUUCCAGUGUUAUGUAAGAUAAUAAAAAAAAAUAAUGCUUUAAUUUGGCAGAAGAAUCUCAGUUAUUAUAUAGGCAUAUCAUUGCUUUUUGUGUAUUUGUUGUAUGUCUGAUGUUUUGUAUUGUAAUUGUAUGUUUAAUACAUAUUUCUAUUCUUGAAUAGGAAUGUAUCUUGUGGAAUUAGCUUUUUCGAUCUUGCAUUUAAUCCUUGACUGGUUUCUGUUUUCUUUGGUGCUGCUAUCUUGCUUUUUUGUUGAAAUUAUGAAUAAGAACAAAUCUCUUUCACAUCAAAUAAAUUAAUUACUUUUGAUGUAGUAUAAUUUGCGAUUGACACAUAUUAUAUUAUUAGAUUAAUUUUUUGAAAACUUUUUUUUUUUUCGUGAUUUUGUUUCUAUUAUUGUAAUUGUAGAUAUUCACAUGUUUUUGGUGCAUUAUAUAUUAUUUGGUUAUUAUUGUUGUAUAUGUAUAUAUAUAUACUGUUGUGUUAAAGAUGUCAUAUAAUUGUAUUUUUGCCUUUCCGUGCAUGUGUAUAUACCGCAUCUAGUCUGUAGUUAGCUCAUUUUGGGAACAAAACUCGAAAGGUUAAUAUAUAGGCAGUUAUUUUAGCGCUUGUGCUUCACUUUGAAUCCAGCCGAAUCUGGCACCCAUUUUAGUUUGAAUAGACCUCCAAAUUCCAUUAUGAAAAAUGUUUGUUCAAUGACAAGCACAUGUUACACACAUGAAGAGAAUUAAAAUUGUUUUCUAUGAAUCAUGAGUUCUGACUAAACUGGUCGUCUAUUGUGUGUUAAAACAAUGGUGCCAGUCGAUACAUUAUGACAACCUUGUCAAAUAGCCUGUGUUAACUUACAGCUGUUUUCUAUGUCCAUAUAAGGAUAUAAGAGAAAACAAUUUCGAGAAUAUGGGGUUCGCAGUGCAAACUCACAACACAAGGUCAUGAAAAAAAAAAACAAGUUCGUAACUAAAAGCAUUAAGACAAUUUAGUUUGAUAUAUUACAAAUUUGACAUCUAAUGUACUCUUUGUUGAAAAAGCAUUGCUUAAUGUAGACCGGUUUAAGUUUUAUUUUUCUUAACAAGUUGGUUACCGUAUAUAAAAUUUGUUGCAUCUGUUGCAGUUAAGUACAGCAGUGAAGUAACUUUGUAAAAUUUAUUUAUAAAAUAUAUUAAGUGCUAGCAUGAAUGGUAACCAUCACCUAUUAUGUUAACGUUAUUUAAGGGCUUAAUGUAAAAUCAUGUCAUUCUGGUUAUGUAUAUGUAUGUGGUUACUAUACUAUAUAUCGUAAAGAGACAUGAAAAAAUAUGUAUAUAUUUAUUAUAAUAUUAUUAAUAUUAUUAUAUUAUUUUCAUUUGUGUAUAUUCAUUUUAAAUAAAGAGCAGAGCAAAUUGUUCAAAUAUCAUCAUUUCUCAUUUUGAUAUGUACAUGUAAUUAAAUGUUGUUAUAAUUGUGAGCAUUCCUUUAAUCAACAUCCAUGUGUCUGCCUGCAUUUGCCAUCUGUAUAAUGUUUGAUAUAUAAUUAAUUUGUAUAUUAUUAAAGUUCAUGUGCUGCAUUCUGUUUUUCUGCCAGUAGAUAUGUAACAAAUCUCUAUUGCUUUGUCUCUUUGAAAAGCAGCACAAUAAAAUGCUGAAGAAACAA